AUGCUGCACAUCACCCGCACCACGACUCGCACGGCACGCGUCCACGCCAGCCCCGCCCUCGCCCGCGCCCUGUCGUCCCGCGCACGCUCCGUCUUCUCGGCGCUCGACCUCCCCACCUCUGGCGAGCCUAUCGCGGGCGUCUACUACAGCGCGCAGGACGGCUGGUGCGGCUCGGGCGAGCUGCAGACGUCGCGCAACCCGGCGACGGGCGAGACGCUCGGCGAGGUCCGGACGGCGUCGCGCGAGGACGUCGACAAGGCGCUCAAGGCGGCACGGCUCGCGUACGAGGGCUGGCGGGGCGUCCCUGCGCCCAAGCGAGGCGAGGUCCUGCGGCAGAUGAGGGGCGCGCUCAACGACCGCAUCGACGACCUCGGCGCGCUCGUCAGCCUCGAGAUGGGCAAGGUCCUUUCCGAGGGUCGCGGCGAGGCGCAGGAGUUCGUCGACGUCAUGGACUUUGCCGUCGGGCUCAGUCGAACGUUCGGCGGCACCGUCGUCCAGAGCGAGCGCGAGAAGCACUUCAUCACCGAGGUCGCCAACCCUCUCGGCGUCGUCGGCGUCAUCUCGGCCUUCAACUUCCCGUGCGCCGUGUUCGGGUGGAACCAGUCGCUCGCCUUCAUCACCGGAAACGCGACGAUCUGGAAACCCGCGCCGACCACGCCGCUCGUCGCCAUCGCCACGACCAAGAUCCUCCAGUCGGUCCUCGAGGCCAACAAGCUUCCUGCGGCGCUCUCGGCGCUCGUGUGCGGCGGCGGCGAGACGGGCGACGCGCUCGUGAGCGACAAGCGGGUCGACCUCCUCAGCUUCACCGGGUCCGAGGCGCGCGGCCGCGACGUCUCGAUCAAGGUCGCCUCUCGCUUCGGCCAGUCGCUUUUGGAGCUGGGGGGCAACAACGCAAGCAUCGUCCUGCCCGACGCCAACCUCCCGAUGGCCCUCCAGGCGAUCACGUUCGCGGCGCUCGGCACGGCCGGCCAGCGCUGCACGACGACCCGCCGCGUCUUCCUCCACGAGUCGAUCGCGCCUCACUUCAUCACGUCGCUCGUCGAGGCGUACAAGUCGGUCUCGCCGUCGCGCAUCGGCGACCCGCUCGAGAGCGGCACGCUCGUCGGCCCGCUGCACUCGCAGGACGCCGUCAAGCGGUUCCAGGACGCCGUCAAGCAGGCCAAGGAGCAGGGCGGCGAGGUCCUCGUCGGUGGCGACGUCGUCAAGAUGCAGGGCGAGCUCGCCGGCGGCAACUGGGUCCAGCCGACCAUCAUCCUCGUUCGCGACGUCGACAACUUCCCGAUCAUGAAGCAGGAGACGUUCGCGCCCAUCCUCUACGUCUCGACGGUCGGCUCGCUCGAGGAGGCGAUCCAGCGCAACAACGAGGUCGAGCAGGGCCUGUCGACGGCGCUCUUCACCAAGGACCUCGGCGCCGCCAUGCAGGUCAUCGGGCCCGCCGGGGCCGACUCGGGCAUCAUCAACGUCAACUCGUCGACGAGCGGCGCCGAGAUUGGUGCGCGGUUCGGCGGCAACAAGAGCACGGGCUGGGGUCGAGAGAGCGGCGGCGACGCGUGGAAGCAGUACGUGCGGUGGUCGUCGUGCACGCUCAACUGGAGCGACCAGCUCGGGCUUGCGCAGGGCGUCAAGUUUGAGUAGCAGUCGUGCAGUGCAUCGUACUCGCAGUCUCUC